AAUCUAAAUAAUAAGAGAGCGAUUAAUAUAUAAAAAAGUAAAUUGGUCCAAAAUUCAUAAGAUUUUUUUCACGUAAUCUCGCAAGCUAAGAUGAAGAUCCUGGUUGGGACGUUUGUCACUUUAAUUAAUUUUGGUGCUUUGAGUGCUUCAGGAACAAGUGAAUCUGGUCCAUCUAGGGCACAUUUUCAUCCGCCUAGCCGAAAUUCUAGCAGUAUUAGGAACAUCUUUUAUCAGAGCCAUAUAUUUGAGGUGUUUGAACGUCCUGCUGGGGUUGUGCGCUCAGUUAGCCUCCAUAAAGAUUUGAAUAUUAUUCCAACUCUCUACGAACGAAUGAAGAACAAAAUUAAAGUUCGUUUGGCUCAUGCAGAUGGAAUACAUUUUUAUGUUUUCGAAGAACCUAAUAAAAAAAUUAUGGCAGCAGAGCUUCCUUUAUCUGGACCUUUGAUCCCAACAGAUAUAGAUUUUACAGGACUGACCAAAGUAAGGAGUUUCUUCUAUUUAGGCAGAAGCAUUGGUGUGUAUCAUGACCAUCAAGGAAAAUUGCGCGAAGUUGGCCUUCUUAACCCUACAAAUGUCAUUCCAAUUGUAAGAGAACGGCAAGAAUACAAUAUUAGAAUUUAUAGGGCUACAGAUAAAGGAGUUACUGAAAUAUCUUUUCUUGUGUACGAAUUACCUAAUGGAUUCAUCAUCGGUGUUGAAUUUUUAUCAGAAUCAAUUCCGCAACUGCGUAAAGCUCCAGAAGAUGAAGAAUAG